AUGGCUGAGUCGAGUACAUCAAACACUACCUCUGUGAUCAUUCCAGUAUUCAAAGGAGAAGGUUAUGAACACUGGAGUCUUCGUAUGAAAACUAUCCUUCGAUUACGAGAUCUGUGGGAUGUGGUAUACCUGGGUCUCUCAGCAACAAAUGGCGGAGACGGCGAUAAUAGAGAGGCAAAAAGGAAAGACGCUCAAGCUAUGACACUCAUUCAGCAGGGUGGUGAUUCUCAAGUCCAAUCAGUUAAGUUGCAAGGAUUACGGAGGGUAUUUGAAAAUCUAUCUAUGAAAGAUGACGAAGUAGUAGGUGACUACUUCUCUCGUGUUAUGGAUAAUGUUGAAGUGGUGUUUGAUCUGUCCGAUGUCACCCCCGUUAAGCUUAUGGGACUUCUACAGUCUCAAGAGGAAAGAAUCAACAGUCGAGCCUCUCUUGAUAAACCGCUUAAGACACCUGAUCGACAAGAUGAGCAGGCUCUACAGGAUUGCUGGUAUAACGAUGAAAAUCAAGUCAAUGUAGCAGAAAAUGAAGAAAAUGGAGAAGCUGCAGAAACAGAUGACCAACAUUUGUUACUGGCUGUUAUCUCACCAYAAGAGUCYGUCUUCGAUGAUCAAUACAUGCUAGUGACCAACACUGGAUUCAAAGACAACUUUGUGAGCAUGGAUGAGUCAUUCCAUUUGGAAGUGCGAUUGGGUGACAAAAAGAAAUUGGCUGUUAAAGGAAAAKGGACUGUCAAGAUUUAUACAAGUGAYAGUACAUUCAAGAUACUAGACAAUGUCUAUUAUGCCCCCAAGCUUGAAUACAACCUUCUCAGUGUUGGGCAACUCAUGAAGAAUGGUUAUUCACUACAAUUUGAUGAUGAUAUGUGUGUAAUCAGGAGUAAAGCAACAGGGAAGAUUGUGAUGAAGGUUGCAGUGGCAAAUAACAUGUUUAUUUUCGAUGCAACAAGGAUGACUUCAGCUCAUGCUCUCAUCUCCAAAUUUGAUGCUGAAGCACUUCGUUGGCAUUGCAGAUUUGGCCACCUGCACUUUGAAGGGCUAAACAUCUAUACAACAAGAAGAUGGUGUGGGGGCUGCCUAAACUCAACACAUCUGUAA